GCACGGCCGCAUCACAUAUGGCCAGCUGAUGGACUUUGUGAAAACGGUCGUCCUGCUCUACACGUUUGUUCUCAGCGACACUCCCAGGCCGGAUACUCCAAACAUCUUCAUCACGAGGACCGUUUUGAGCUUCUUUUUCGGCUUCUUCUCGAUCAUGGCCUACUCAGCAGUUGUCAAGCCGCUGUUCGCCGAAAUUGUCCCGGCUCAGAUGAUCGCGCAGGUCAUCGCUUUGGCCGCGGCGAUCGACGGCGGUUUCGCAUCGAUA